ACAAGGCUACUGGAGCAGUUUUUCAUUCACCCUCCCUUCCUCCCAUAUGUAUAAUGCAGAUUGUGAUAGGUCAUCAAAGGAGGCAGAAGAGAUCUCUAAAGAGGCAAGAGAAAGAAAAUCCUUGAAUUGCAGAGUAAGCAAGGCAUGCAGCAGUACUGACCCCAUAAGUCCCUUCCCUUUACCUCCACCAUCCGCAACACCAGUGCAAGUAGUGGGCUCAGGUGCACCUUUUCCCUUCCCCUUUAUAAAUCUCAGCCAACAACCUCCCAACCUUGCAACCCCAACCAGUACUUGCCUGUUGAACAAACAUUCUUUCAUUACCCGUCUCUAUUUUGAGAAGUAUUCAUUACCCAUCUCAAAACCAUGGUUCCAGCUCCGAUCAAUCCUGAUCCCACCUCAACCUUGGAAGGGGAUCGGAUGCAAAAACAACUCGACCGUGAAAUUAAAGAGAUGGUAUCUGCACUGAUUAAUCGCCUUGCUCAACUCCAACACAAUCCUGAUCAUGUUCAGAAACAACAACCAGCUGGUUCAAGCCACCUCCAUCAGCAGCUAGCCAAUGAGAACGAUGACGAAAACCAUGGCAUGAGAAUUGUCACGCUUGCCGGAAGCAACACAGGAGCCACUAUGCGCGGCGAGUUGGAUGAUAACAAUGCCAGGGCUCAUGGUCAUCACGGUCUGGGUCAUGGGGAACUGCUCAGCCAGAAUGAUCAAGAGGAGGAUGGUUUGGGUACAUACGUGAACAGCAAUUUCCAAGCCAUCAACAACUCCAUCAUGCUUGGUGGUAGUUACUCCUCCAAUGAUCCAGGAGUUCAUUUGGACAUCUCUGAUUUUCUCCAACUUCCCCAUCAUACUCCCCAUGCAGGACACUCGAAGCACAAGAGAAAAGAGAAGGAGACGUCCAGAAGCGACCACCAGCACUCCGAACCUUCAUCAGAGUAACUUUCUUAUGGGUGUUCCUCAGCCUUUAUUUUCCUCACGUUCCUAUAUUGAAUAAGAUGUGGUGUCGUUUUGCACUGCCCAAGUUUCAUGCUAAUUCGGACUUGGGAGGUGCUCCUAAAAUAAAUAAGAUUUGGUGUUGUUCUUCACUGCCCAAGUUUCAUGCUAAUUGGGACUUGGGAGGUGCUAUGUUACUGGAAUCUUUGAUUUAUGAAUUCCCUUUAUAAUAAAGUUUCAACUUAGUACUU